GCAGGGGAGCAGAGUGUGACUGAUACUCAACAAUAAGACAGUGUGUGAAAGUUCUUUACAGCAGGAGGAACACACAUACACACCCUGACACACACACACACCCUGACACACACAAUCCAAGCGGAGGGGGCUGAAGCAGCGAGCGCUCACUCCUCACUGACGAUUCGCACCAAAGGAACGGAGGAGAGAGCCGAUCUCUGUGGUACCGCUUUUCAUUCUACCACAGAAGAAGAAGAAGAAGAAGAAGAGGAAGAAGAGGAAGAACAAGGGGGAGAGGAAGACGAGGAAGAAGAGGCCAAUAUGUCCAACGCUCUGAUGAGGAGGAACUCCAGUAAACAGGGUCUCCAGAACCUGAUGAGGCUGACGGCUCAGCGGAGCAUCGAGGACGCCGAGGAGGUGGAGAGGGAGCGCCGCCGCCGCGCUCGAGAGGCUCUGCGCCGGAGAAACAGCAGCUCGGCGCCGGAGGAGUCGUCACCGGACGAACAGACGCCCGCAGACGAAAGCAGAUUCGACGGCGGCCUGAAAACCAGCAGCUGUCCAUCUUUAGAGGAGGAUGAAGGCUUCAGCGACUGGACUCAGCGCAGGGAGAGGCGCAGGCAGCAGCGCAUGCAGGAGCUCAGCCAGGGAGGCGAUGGAGACCCCCACAACGGCGAGGACGACCGCCAGGAGGGCCAGAGAACAACCACAGCCACGCCCACAACGACGGUGGCCUCCUCCAGCCCGCUCCAGCGGCAGCAGGACGGGGUGGAUGUGGGGAUGCUGGAGAUGGUGAGGAGGAAGGAGUACGACGAGAACCUCAUCCAGGCUGAGAGGGAGAAGAAGAAGAAGGAGCAGAGGAGGGAGGAGCAAGCAGUUCCAGAGAGGAGAGCUGAGGUUGAGCAGCCAGACACAGAGGUGGAAGACAGAAAAGAAGUCAAAAUGUCCUUCACGUCCAGGGUUUUCCUUCAACAAGAGCCGAAGCCCUGCAGCUGGAACAGCAGCGCAGCAGCUGGAGACGUGUCCUCAUGGAGCAGGACGAGCAGCAGGCCGGGCGAGGCGGGCGAGGCGGGCGAGGCGGGCGAGGCGGCGGCCGUCCUGGAGGCGGAGCGGCGCCUGGAGAAGAUCCGGCGCGGCCUCCAGCAGAGGGAGAGCCGGGAGCUGGAGCAGCUGAGGCGGCGGCAGGCCGAGGACGAGCAGGAGCUGCAGCAGCUGGACAGGAGGAGGGAGGACCGGCGGAGGGUCCGGCAGCAGGACGAGCGCCGCAGGGAGGAGGAGGAGCGGCAGCGGCUGGCCAAGGAGGAGGAGGAGAGGAGGCAGAUGAAGGAGGACAUUGAGAGGAGGAGGAUGGAGGCUGCUGAGAGGAUGAAGGGCCUCAGUUCAUCCAGCGUGGACGGAGAGGAGACGUUCAGCCCCUUCAGUCCCAGAACUCCCACCCACAAGAUCACUGAGAGGACCGAGUCGCUGAGCCGCUCGCUGAAGAAAAGCAACAGCUUCAAGAAGACGCAGCCUCUCGUCCUGGUGUCCAGGAUUGAAGACAAGCUGGAGCAGUACACACAUGCUGUGGAGAACGCUCAGGAUUCCCGGGCAGUGAAGGCAUCGCUGACUGACCUGCCCAGUUCUCCAGAGGCUGUUGCAUCCAAGAAGAACCUGUUUGAGACCGGAGAGACCUGGAACCAAAGUCCAAGCAAAGGGGCCACCUGCAAGGAUGUGAAGGCUGGAGACGUGAUGCAGAAGAAGAACAUGUGGGAGAUCAUCGGAGACUCGGGACGGACCGGCCACACAGUCAAGGCCUCGGCUGCUGGUAAAAAGUUCAAGUUUGUGGUGACUGGCCACGGGAAAUAUGAGAAGAUAUCAGCGGAUGGCGAGAGCAGCGGAGCGACGUCCAACGGGAAACCAGAUUCAUACCACAGUGAUUUCUGAGGUGCUGAAUGAGGCUGUCUCCAUCAUCUCCAUCAUCAUCAUCAUCAUCAUCAUCAUCACACUACAGUGAAGACGUCAUCAUCUCUACCCUUCUGCACCAUGUACUAAAGUGAAGACGACGAACAGCUGCAGCUCAGCACCGGCUCCAUUCUCAGGACUUCAUUUAAUCUGAAAACCCUUUUCCAGCUCUGCCACUCAAACACUCAGAACAUCUGAUGGAAUGUAAAUGACCGGAGGGUUUGCUCUCUGGACUUGUCCGGCUUUAUCAGCUAUGUUUUGUAAUAUCUUCUCUUCUUUUCUGUGACUCUUCUGACUGUGAGUGUCACUCCUGGGGGUCCACUGCCGUUUCAGGUCAAUGUUUAAUGGUGUUUUCAGAACUUUCCACUCAGAAAAUCUUUACUUUUAGCGAUCAUUUAAACUUGAUCAGAUGUUCACCUGUCUUUUAGUUAGAGAACACUGAAUUCACAGCUUCAAGAGGCUUUUCACAGAAUCAAAGUGACUUUAUUGUGUUUUUGCUCACUUGGUUGACCUACAUGUUCUCUGAGAUCUGUGAGAUCUGUCUUCUCUGAGAUCGGUAUCUGUGUCAACACCGUGCUUCCUACUCUGUUCCUCUGGACUCAGUUCUUCUGUGAAUGGUUUGGUUUGUAACAAGUGCAAAACUUUUUCUAUCCAUUACCUAUGUGUUUAUAAUGCUACUUCACAAAUAAAUUAAAUACUU